AUGAAUGGAUUCCCGUACAAACCUCUGAGCGGUCCUGAUGAAAUCAGAGCCCUCAUACUCGAACCGCCUUCGGAUCAUACAGCCUGCUUAAGUGGGUCUCUGAAGACUAUUAAACUGUCAAACAUCGAGCUUAAACCUGCGGCUUAUGGCCCAGUGGCCACCAGGUGGUCGUGGUGGUACACUGAAGAAAAGACAACCCAGCUAAAAGUCGCAACGUCCAAAACCGGUCAACAGCGGUUGGUCGAAACGCAGGUGUCUGUACCCGGAUUCAGUUGCCAACGCGGAAAGUACGAGAAGAAUGAAUAUGACGCAUUGUCGUAUACUUGGGACAGCGAAGAAAAGCCACACACGAUUCAGGUUGGCAAAUACACAAUAAGUAUAGGGGCCAACUUGAACUUGGCUUUGUUGAGACUGAGGGACGAGGCCUCCAUCCGAGUGAUAUGGGUGGAUUCAAUCUGCAUCAACCAGGCAGAUGUUCGAGAGCGAAAUCACCAGGUCCACAUGAUGAAACACAUAUACUCGAAAGCUGCAUCAGUCGUUGUUUGGCUUGGACCGGAAAAUGCAGCAUCACAAGCGGCCAUGGAUCUGAUCCUCCGUUAUGCACGAUAUGCACGAUGCGGGUUGACUAUUACUGACAGCAUCCUGGAUCAGACGGAGAAAUCUCUGGCAGGGCUCUCCGAUAUCUUCCUGUGGAGUUGGUGGAAGCGCAUAUGGAUUGUCCAGGAGGUCGUCGCAGCCCGGGAGCUGAUCAUUUUCUGCGGCAGGUACAUAGUGCCGUGGCUGCGCGUCCAGCACCUGUGUGCCAUGAUCAGAAAGGACGAGUUCUCUUCUAGAGAGAAGGCGCGUUUCUUGAGGAGCAGCGGCUAUCAAAACUUCACCACCCUGGACGGGUUCCGAAGGGCUCGCGGCAGUAUGGGCCUUGCGAAAUACCUGCAGUGCACCAAGGACUAUGAGGCGACUGAUACGCGAGAUAAGUUAUACGCGCUCAUAGGAAUAUCAUGCGACAUCAGCCCGGACGAUAUUGUGCCUGACUAUGAGAAGUCGACGAGAACGGUCUUUCUGGACUUGGUCCGUUUUCUCGUAACCAGGAGGCGCAACCUGGACAUCAUAUCCUCCGGGCGCCUGUCUCGGCCGGCGCUAAUGUCGUCAGAGCUUCAGCUGGAGGGCCCCAAGAGCGAUAUUCCUUCGUGGUUACCGGAUUGGCACGUGUCGAAAGGCCUUCGAGCUCUCGAUAGCGAAGCCUCCCAACGCUACAACGCUGGAGAGCACCUAUACCCAGACAGCUUCGGAAAGACAACGCCUGUUUUCUGGGACACAAUUGUGGCAGGAAGAGUAGUCCGGAGAAAGCAGGGUCCCAAUUAUGGCUCAUUCGCAACGCCCGCUGCCAUGUGGAACUCGGGGCAGGGGUUACCAAAAGGCUCAGCGCAAUACAAGGAUGAGCUCCAAAAGUUCGUGGCUGAGGCGAUGUUUCUGCCCCAAAUGACCAUGUGCUACAUGGACGCAUUGACGAGGGCCGUGAUGGGACGACGAUUCUUUGUCACAAAGAAAAACAAGAUGGGUCUUGGGGGUCCGGAGAUCCAAGUCAACGACCGAGUUGUUGUCGUCAAGGGCUGCUCGGUGCCCCUCAUAAUGAGGGCUGUGGGAUAUCACAUGGUCAUCAUUGGCGAGUCGUACGUGUCGGGAAUCAUGGAUGGGGAGGUUAUCAAGGGUCUGGCUAGCGGUCAGUAUAAGUCCAGGAUGAUUAAGUUACAACAGUGA